CAUCAAAAUGUUUGUGUUGUUUAAAGCAGGACUUUUAGCCUUUCGGGGGUUAUUUGCUCAUCAUGCUCUCGUACCUGUUGGUCCUCACAGUCACAGCGACUGUCCAGGCUCAGAGAAUUCCAGGUGAAGAGAAGAAUGGUUCCUGCGUGUGUAAAUUAAGCAGCUCUAUCUGGGCUUUCCCCACUGUGAAGUUCGAGGGAGUCGCAAAUCAAGUCCAGACCUGUGAGGACAACCUUAUACAGUUUCAUAAAAAGGUAAAGGACAGAAAUGUACAACUGCCAAAGAUGGAACUCACACUUAAGGAGAUCACAGCCCGCCUGAAACCGUUUGAGUAUCUGAACACAAACGGCCUGUACAACGCCCUUCACCUGCGACAGCUGAUGGAGGAACUUGACGAAAUCUAUUAUACUGCCAGUGAUGCUCACAAGAAAAGCCCCAGCAAAGAGACCAAUGACCUUCUGAAGGAGUUGACUAGGGCAAAGAAGGACAUCCAGAACAUGUACAAAAGCAAUGUCUUCAAUCUAGAGACAAUGAAAACGAGGCUACGUGACCUCAACAACAGAGCACAGAACUGCAAAAGUAUACCUGAAGACUUUAGAAGCACUUGUCAUCAGCGUAUUAUGUCCAACAUAAGUUCUCCAGUUGUCACCAAGCUCAAUUCCAUCAGCAAGUCCUAUAUCUCUGGUGCUUGGGGUAGGGAGGCCAAACCGAACAGCAAGGAACGUUAUUGGGAACACUGUCUGGUGAGUGGACACAAGCAUGGGAACACAAUCAGGAUGUACAACUUGUACGAAGAUUUCAUGGCCAGCAAGAACUACAAAGAUGAAUACAUCGCAGCAUCCUACAGCCACAAAAAUGCUGUUCAGGGCUCUGGCACUAUACUGUACGACAAUACCGUAUUUUACCAAUGCUACAGCACCGCUGAGAUCUGUAGCUUUAACAUUACAACACAAGCAACCAAGCGUGUAAAACUGGAUGGUGCUGGAAUCGACAACCAGUUCCCUUUCUGCUACUACAGCUGCCGUGACUGGACAGACAUCGACCUGGAGGCUGACCGAGACGCCGUGUGGGUGAUAUACGCCACCGAGGAGAACCGCGGCAACAUUGUUGUGAGUCGCUUAGACCCGCUGGAGCUCAAUAUCACACACACCUGGAAGACACAUCUCUUUAAGAGGUCCGUCACCAGCACGUUUAUGGUGUGCGGGGUCCUGUACGCUACACGCUAUGUUAGUACUUACCAAGAAGAGGUGUUUUAUGCCUUUGAUACAACCACUGGCCAAGAGAUAAACACUCUUUCUUUGCCUUUUGAGAAGGUUUCUGCUGGAAUAGCCAAUCUGAACUACAAUCCUGUUGACAGGAGACUUUACAUGUAUAAUGAUGCCUAUCUGUUAGCAUAUAACACCUUCAACUGAGAGUCUUUCA